AUGCGUCUGCGUAUGCGUCUGCGUCUGCGUCUGCGUCUGCGUCUGCGUCUGCGUCUGCGUAAGCGUAUGCGUCUGCGUAUGCUUCUGCGUAAGCGUAAGCGUAUGCAUAUGCGUAUGCGUAUACGAAUGCGAAUGCGAAUGCGUAUGCGUAUGCAUAUACGUAUGCGUAUGCGUAUACGUAUGCGUAGGCGUAGGCGUAUGCGUAGGCGUAGGCAUAUGCGUAGGCGUAGGCAUAUACGUAUGCGUAUGCGUAUGCGUAGGUGUAGGCGUAGGCGUAGGCGUAGGCGUAGGCGUAGGCGUAGGCGUAUGCGUAUGCAUAGGUGUAGGUGUAUGUGUAGGUGCGUAGGCGUAGGCGUAGGCGUAGGCGUAGGCGUAGGCGUAGGCGUAGGCGUAGGCGUAGGCGUAGGCGUAGGCGUAGGCGUAGGCGUAGGCGUAGGCGUAGGCGUAGGUGUAUGCGUAGGCGUAGGUGUAGGUGGCGUAGAUUCCUUGGAUGAGCAAUGCUUGGAUUUGAUGGGCUUACUUACUGGAACCUCAAGUGCACCAUACUUUAUUCCACCUGGUGUUCUUACUCCUCUCUGA